ACUCAGUGAGCAGUAGGUGCCUGUGCAAGCUCGCACCGCACACUGCCUGGCGGAGGGAAGGAGCCCGGGCGCCGCUCCCCGCUCCCCGCGCCGCCGCCCGCGCCGCCCGCCUCCCGCCGCCCGCAAAGCAUGAGCGAGCCCGCUCUCCGCAGCCGCCCCGGGCGCGAAUGGCAGGCGGUCUCCGUGGACUGAAAGGUGGCGCCGGUCUGUGGUCCUUUUCAAUGACGGACAUUAGCCAGACUGUCAAAUCCUGGGGAGUCGCGAGCCCCGAGUUUGGAGUUUUUUUCCCCACAACGUCACAGUCCGAACUGCAGAGGAAAAGGACAGCGGCAGGAAGGCGAAGCCCGGGCGCCGGCACGUAGUUGGGAAACUUGCGGGUCCUAGAAGUCGCCUCCCCGCCUCGCCGGCCGCCCUUGCAGCCCCGAGCCGAGCAGCAAAGUGAGACAUUGUGCGCCUGCCAGAUCCGCCGGCCGCAGAUCGGGGCUGCCUCGGAAACACAGAGGGGUCUUCUCUCGCCCUGCAUAUAAUUAGCCUGCACACAAAGGGAGCAGCUGAAUGGAGGUUGUCACUCUCUGGAAAAGGAUUUCUGACCGAGCGCUUCCAAUGGACAUUCUCCAGCCUCUCUGGAAAGAUUCUCGCUAAUGGAUUUCCUGCUGCUCGGUCUCUGUCUAUACUGGCUGCUGAGGAGGCCCUCGGGGGUGGUCUUGUGUCUGCUGGGGGCCUGCUUUCAGAUGCUGCCCGCCGCCCCCAGCGGGUGCCCGCAGCUGUGCCGGUGCGAGGGGCGGCUGCUGUACUGCGAGGCGCUCAACCUCACCGAGGCGCCCCACAACCUGUCCGGCCUGCUGGGCUUGUCCCUGCGCUACAACAGCCUCUCGGAGCUGCGCGCCGGCCAGUUCACGGGGUUAAUGCAGCUCACGUGGCUCUAUCUGGAUCACAAUCACAUCUGCUCCGUGCAGGGGGACGCCUUUCAGAAACUGCGCCGAGUUAAGGAACUCACACUGAGUUCCAACGAGAUCACCCAACUGGCCAACACCACCUUCCGGCCCAUGCCCAACCUGCGCAGCGUGGACCUCUCUUAUAACAAGCUGCAGGCGCUCGCGCCCGACCUCUUCCAUGGGCUGCGGAAGCUCACCACGCUGCACAUGCGGGCCAACGCCAUCCAGUUCGUGCCCGUGCGCAUCUUCCAGGACUGCCGCAGCCUCAAGUUUCUUGACAUCGGAUACAAUCAGCUCAAGAGUCUGGCGCGCAACUCUUUCGCCGGCUUGUUCAAGCUCACUGAGCUGCAUUUGGAGCACAACGACUUGGUCAAGGUGAACUUCGCCCACUUCCCGCGCCUCAUCUCCCUGAACUCGCUCUGCCUGAGGAGGAACAAGGUGGCCAUUGUGGUCAGCUCGCUGGACUGGGUUUGGAACCUGGAGAAAAUGGACCUGUCGGGCAACGAGAUCGAGUACAUGGAGCCCCAUGUGUUCGAGACCGUGCCGCACCUGCAGUCCCUGCAGCUGGACUCCAACCGCCUCACCUACAUCGAGCCCCGGAUUCUCAACUCUUGGAAGUCUCUGACGAGCAUCACCCUGGCCGGGAACCUAUGGGACUGCGGGCGCAACGUGUGCGCCCUGGCCUCGUGGCUCAGCAACUUCCAGGGGCGCUACGAUGGCAACUUGCAGUGCGCCAGCCCCGAGUACGCGCAGGGCGAGGACGUCCUGGACGCCGUGUACGCCUUCCACCUGUGCGAGGAUGGAGCCGAACCCACCAGCGGCCACCUGCUGUCGGCCGUCACCAACCGCAGUGAUCUGGAGCCCCCGGCCAGCCAGGCUACCACGCUCGCUGAUGGCAGGGAGGGGGAGCUCGACGGCACGCCCGAGGCGGCUACUGUGGCUCUCCCCGGCGGCGAGCACGCCGAGAACGCUGUGCAGAUCCACAAGGUGGUCACAGGCACCAUGGCCCUCAUCUUCUCCUUCCUCAUCGUGGUCCUGGUGCUCUAUGUCUCCUGGAAGUGUUUCCCAGCCAGCCUCAGGCAGCUCAGACAGUGCUUUGUCACGCAGCGCAGGAAGCAAAAACAGAAACAGACCAUGCAUCAGAUGGCUGCCAUGUCUGCCCAGGAAUACUAUGUUGAUUACAAACCGAACCACAUUGAGGGAGCCCUGGUGAUCAUCAACGAGUAUGGCUCGUGUACCUGCCACCAGCAGCCCGCAAGGGAAUGCGAGGUGUGAUUGUCCCAGUGGCUCUCAACCCGUCCGCUACCAAAUAUGCCUGGGCAGCCGGGGCGGGCCGGCGAGUGCCAGGCUGGAGUCUCCCUGUCUGUGCUCUGAUAUGCUCCUUGACUGAAACUGUAAGGGGAUCUCCCCCAGAGACUUGACAUUUUAGCUUUACUGUGUCUUAAAAACAAAAACGAAAUAAAACACAACAAAACCCCCACUCCACAACCUUCAGGACAGUCUAUCUUAAAUUUCAUAUGAGAUCUCCUUCCUUCCUUUGAAGAUCUGUCCAUAUUCAGGAAUCUGAGAGUGUAAAAAGGUACCAAUCAUUGAUUUUUUUUUUUUGUAAACUAAAAUGUUUAAAAUAAAAUAGCAUUUACAGUUUUUA